AUGGAUCGUAAUGUCGUCCCUGUCGCCCAUCGAGGCUGGGAGCAUCACCAUACAAAGCGUCAGGCGCUCUCCGGCGUCACGGACGGCCUGACGAGCGCAGGCGGCAAAGCUUCCAACCAUGUAUCCAACGCAACAGCCAGCCUGUCGCAGACAAAGCUCAUCGGCCUUAUAUGUGGCGUGGCCUGCUUCGUCCUGCUCUGCGGCUGGGCCUUGUGGCGCUGCUCUGCGCGGCGUGCCGCACGGCGGAAAGGAGCCAAGACAGAGGACCGCCAGCGCAUACAGGCCCAGAUGAUGGGCCUCGGCGGUGGCGAUACGCCGGACGCGCGAGAGAAACAGCAGUAUUAUCCCAGCGCCGGCCAGCCGUACCUGCUUGGCCAAACUCGCCCGAACGCAAGUAGCAAGGCGCCCUUCGGCAACGCUUCGCUGUUCACCCAAAGCGAGGUGUGCGUCAUGCCGCAUGCUCAGCAGCAAAAGCAGGAGCACGACUCACGGCAUGCCUAUGGGAGCAGCGACCACAGCAGCGAUCACUCGGAUGACUGCCAAACGCAUCAAUGGAAGCGCGCCGCCGCGCCGCGACAAUACAUGCUCCCGUCUAAUGCGGUGGCCGUCGCGUUGCCCCCGCCCCCAACAGCGGCGGAACUGCAACCGCCCAACUCACCGCUAUCGCCCUGUACAGCAACGGCACCCGCGUCGCCAAGCGCGCGAAUGUACUACCACCUGCCGCAAAUGGCAUCGCACCAGCCGCAGGUUAGGAGCUACGAGGGCGGGUACGAGUAUCACAGCCAGUCGCAGUACGCUUCGCCCGUCUCGCCCAGUAUGCCCGUACCGAGAGCGUACAACUGA